AUGUCUGUAAAUGAUUCUCAUCAUUAUAAUGGUGUUGAUGAAAUAAACGUAAAGAGAAAGGUGGAGUCGACGAGAAGCAGAUAUAAACAGCAGGAGAAGACUAGCCACCGACAAGAAGAAGAACACAACUCACCAUCUUCGAUGAAUGUGUUUUGCAAAAUAGUGACCAUACUGUUGAUGAUUUACAUGACCAUUAUCAUGGUCUUGGUCUUGAUGGACACACUCUAUUCUAAUAACGUGCACACUAGUGGCCAUGAUGUGAAAUUAUUUCAUGAUAAUAAUUAUUUAAAUAAUGUUGAUGAAUCGGAGUUUGAUGUUCCAACUCUUGAGGAUGAACAGAUAUCAUUAUUAAAUAAUAGAAGAAAAUCACAGUUGGGAUCUAUGAGUAGAAAAACAAGAACAAUUAAUUCAAUGAGUCAUAAUUCACUGCACUGGAAGAAUUGUUCAUAUAAUUUGAAUUAUACAGAGACAACGAGAAGAAAUUCGGAUGAGUAUUAUAAUUAUUUCAAUGAUGGAAUGAUGGCUCCAGUGAUUGGUAAAAUAGAAUGUCAGGAAAUUAGGUUUUUUCAAAGUUAUUCAAACUUUAAAAUUUCUUUUUUUGGAAUGUUUUAUAGUAAGGUGGUUUCGUUUAUUGAUCAAGUGAAUAUGAAUUUAUUUACUCAGGAUAGCCAUUUAUUUUAUCCAAUUACGUCAACCUAUCAAGUAAUUACUGUGGAAGAGGACAAUUAUAUUAAUAUUUGUGGAGAUGUUUCAAAACUAGUUUCAAAAUUAACUAGAAAUGGACAAGAACACUUAUUACAUUUAUAUCCUAGUUUAAAUUUCACUUCAUGUGAAAAUUUAUUUUGUAAUGUGAAUGAAUCAUUGUAUGAUCCAUUCAAUUUGUAUUUUAGAGCUCAGAAUUAUUCACAAAUUUAUCAAAAUGCUGAACAGAGAACAUUCCUGUAUAGAGAUCUUCAUAUUUUAUCAAUUCUUACCAACAGAUGUCAAUAUUGUAAAUCAGAAUCUCAAUUUAGAACUCGAGUCCAAAAACAAGAAUGUCCAUUUAUGGUAAAUUAUCCAGCUCGUUCUGCAGAAAGAAAUUGCUUGGGGAAGAAUGGAUUCUCUGUAUUUUAUCCAUAUAUGUCUCUGGAUCAAUAUUUACAGACCACUGGUAAUCCAUUCAUGUGUUAUUGUUAUGAAAAUAACAUUUACUCAAGUAGAUGUGACAGUAUUCACAUAUUUAUCUAUCCAAUUUAUAGAGUAAUUAUGAAUCCAUAUUUAGAAUUGGGCAUUGAAAUUGUAUUAUUUAUUGUAAUUACUUUUGUACUUGUAUUACCAUUAGUGAGGGAUUUCGUUAGGAGAGGAAAAUAUGCUUUUAAAGAUUUUGAUAUGAUUUUGAGAGCUCUCUCAGUAAUUCCUUUCUGGAUCUUUAGACUUUCUUACUGUAUCAUUAAAUUGACAGAUGGAUUUUCAGAACCUGCACAAGAUGACAAGUCCAGUAGAUUUGUCAAAACCUUAAUUUCCAUAGCGAUGGACACUAUUGGAUUCGAUUAUGUUUUCAUUCCUCUGGUAAUCAAGUGGAAUCAAACCUAUCAAAAAAUCAAACUUUAUACCAAGCAAAAUGCAGAUUUGAGUAGAAAGAAAACCUAUUUGAGCUCAAUAAUCAUGCUCAUUUUCUACUAUACCAUUACAAUUGGAUGUGGAUUGGUAAUUAUAUUAAGUGCAAUUUUAUUGAACUAUAUACCUCAUAUAUUUGAUGAAGAUGGGUCAGGCGCUGAAGGGUUGAUUGUAAUGAUACUGGUCUUGAUUGCAACACCAAUCAUAAUUACAUUAAUGGGAUUCUUUGUCUUGUCUGUUCUCAUUCAAAGAAAAUUGAAACAAGCUUCAGAUGUCUCAUUUGUGAGCACUAAUUAUCUUGCCACUUCGAUUACUUAUGCAAUUGUUUCAAUGGCUCAAUUCAUUCCAACACUUAUCUCUGCAUUGACAUUAUAUUUUGGUUACGAUAGUAUUUUAGCAGCUCUGUACUUUUUCUCAUCCACUACAAUGCAAAUCACAACUGAUGCAUUGGAAAUUUAUGUGAUUUUCCUAUUGGCAGAUAAGAUUUCAUUGAAGGAAUUCUAUUAUGAUACCAUUUGGUUGAAAGUACUUUCUCCAAUAAUUGAAAAAUGUUUCAAGAAGAAAAUUACAGUGGUUGAAAAUGGAAAUUCGACCACAACCACUAGUGGAGAACCAUCUGAUGAACAAUAUUCUGGAGUUUAUUAUUCCAAAAUGGAAUAA